AUGCCUGAAACAAUAAUUGAAAGUGCUCUUUCAGGAAAACUAGACUGGAAUUUCCUAUCUAAAUGGCUAAACAACGAGUCAAUUGAGGGUGCACCAGAAGACUGUAUAUUAUUUUGUUCAAACAGACGUGAAUUUGUGGCUUAUUUUUUAUCAUAUCUUAGAAAUCAGACUGACAGCGUUUUACAGACAAACAGCAAUGCCUUACCAAUACCCCAGCAUCAAGGCACUCCAGAGAAGACUUUUGGUAGAAAGCACCAUCGUUCCAUCAGUGAUCCGACUUGUGACAAUGAAAAGUCUCAUGACAGUCUCACUGUCAAAUCUGACAGAAAAACACAAGAAUCCCCAAAUAGAGAUAGGAAAAGGCAGGGAAGGAGAGUCAAAACGAAACUCUUUCCUGAAGAGAAGAAGGAAAAUCAGUCUCUCUCAUCUGACGAAUCGAGGAUUAGUGUCGGAGUUGACAGGAUUGUCAUAUCUAGUACGCCCAUGAAGAAUGGAUUCAACAAUUACCCAAAUUCACCUGCAAGUCCUGUAACUCCACAGUGUAGGUCUUUUAAGGAGUUUGAAAGGUGUGAUACGCCAAGGCUAAGUCGACAUUCUAGGUCUUCAGAUAAAAGUAUCAGUUUAGCGGAUUAUUUAAUCAACGUUCAACCAAAAAGCUCUAAGAAAAAACGCUCGAAAAACACAUCGCAUGACGACAGCGAAACCAAGAUGGAAUUAGAUAUAAGCAAUUCAGAAAUUUUUCCAGAAAUCGGUGCGAGAAAAUCUAGUUCUUUGAAAUCUGAAAAACGUAGAAUUAAACCUACGAAUAUAGAUAAAAGUAAAAAGAGUUAUUCUCUAAACAGUUUCACACCUGAGGCGUUUCAGCAGCCAGCGUUGGCUUUGGAAGAGAAUUUGGCUUUCAAACCGAAGGUACAGCCAAAUGAAACCUCAAACAGCCUAGAAGUAGAAAGAAAUAUCCUAAAGCAAGACCGACACAAAUUACUGGAAAAAUUUAACAUUUUGAACACAACAAUAUCUCCUAAAGUGACAGCGCCACAGAUUAAAAUAUUGCAAAGAGAAGACAAAAAUCAGAAUUGCGUAGAAGCAGAUGUCACGAAGGUAGUUUUUAGUGAAAAGAUCGAUAUUUUAAUCAACAUUUAUGAUAUUUUAUUGAAAAACAAUCUAAUUUUGAGUGUGAAUACCGAAAUAUACUAUCUAAUUACAAUUUUACUGUCAAAACAAAUAGAAGACGAUUUUAACAAUUUUGAAGCUCUGUUACAAGAAAAUGUAUGGGAGAAUAUUUUGAAGCUAAUACAUAACAGUACAUAUUUCGCUGUUAAAGCUUUAUGGAGCCAACGUGGGAUCUUAGAAGUGAUUUUGGAUAAGAAUUCCUUAAAAAUUCUAGGGGAAAAUAAAAAAGUUAGGAGUUUUUAUCCGGAUUUAGCUAAGUUUUUGCUAAAUUCUUACGGAUUAAAGUGUGAGGCUGAGUCCAAUAGUGAAAGGAAGAACAGUGAUGGCCGUUGUUCCAACGGCAUGGUGUGUUUCAACCAUGAAACAGAUAACGUGGAAAAUUUUCCGUCCGUCUUAAGCUUCCAAAACUUUAAAAAGCAAAGGGACAUGUUUUAUGAGAUUUUGAGAUGGUAUCAGGAUACCCACACGACUCUAUCCCGCUCGACCCUCAGAGCGAGGAUAAAGGCGUUGUUAUCGAGUGGAGCGAGUGCGGCCAACUAUGCACACCUAUCCACUCUGUUCACUCACAUGUUGUUGGAAACUUUACCGCCCAAUGAACAGGAAUCGAAGCUAAGUAAGUUACAAAGAAGACUGACCUGUCCGUCUGCCGCUGAGUCGCAUCGACUGCCGCAUUUUAACGACAAACAAAUGUUUUAUAAAGAAUUUAUAAUGUAUGCAGAGAAUGAAAGUUUUAGAGUGCAUCUUAGAGAUGCGCUCGCGUCAGAGAUCAUUGCUUUGGAUUCUACGCCUGUCGGGAAUGAAUCCUCAAACGGAGCGGACAUGUCCAAAGAGUUUUUACAACUUUCUAAGAAAUUAAUGCUCCUGUCAAAAUUUCUCGGCUAUCUCACUUCCCUGCCAUACGCCCAGAUACCUCUGGAUGUGUUACUAAAGACAGGGAUCUCCAGUGUGAAUAAUCAAAAGGAAAUAUUGUCAGCCCCCAAGGAGAAGGUUCUAGAAAAUAAUAUCGCUUUAAGAGAUUAUAGUCAACCUACUAUAGACAUAAAAGGACUGCUGUUAGCUUCCAUAGACAAUAAUAGAGUAACAAUAACUUUGCCAUGGAUCGUGCAUUAUUUGUCUAUGCUAGAUUAUACAACGCUUAGACUUAAAUAUUAUCAAAACUUGCUCAGCAUAAUAUUUAAUAUAUACGAGAAUAAAUUAAAAAUAACAGAUAACAAAAAAAUUACAAUAAUAUAUAUAAAAUCGAUUUUGGGCUGGUUGUUCGAUUUGCCGCAUUUCCCCCAAGAGAUGUUCUACGAGAAAUACAAUAUCGAUAUGUCAUUAACGAAUGAUUUAUUCGAUUUUGUGAUCGAUGAAUCGAUUUUGUUCGAAUUGUGUCCGUUUCUGAAGGAUAUCAAUGUUUUAUUGUCGACGUCGAGAGUGAGCGAGAAGGAAAGCUUCAGGCACAUAACUCCGGUCAGUUUGAGUUUGAACGCUGAAGAUCGGAUGAGGAAUAAGGAGAAGGAGUUACAGAGCCGGCUCGAGGAGGAGCUGCUGAAGAGCCAGCCGGCGUCGGCUCGCCGCGUGCUGGAGCUGGUGACGGAGCGCGUCGCCUCCGCGCUCGUCAAGGAGCUGGCGCCGCUGCUGGCGGCGGCGCGGCGCGGGGCGCGCGCGCGCGCCGCGGGGCUGCUGGCGCUCCAUCCGGAUAGGGCCACGCUACUGCCAGCGCUUCAAGCGCUGUACGCAGCGCAGCUGCAAUCGCUACAGUUGGACGCCGCGGCGCGCUGCAGCGCCGCGGCGCGGGCGCGCGCGGCGGCGGCGCUGGGCGCGCUGCUGCCGGCCGCGCCGCCGCCGCUGCACGCCGUGGCCGCGCGCGCCGCCGCGCGCCGCGUGGAGCGCUGGGUGGGCGAGCAUUGGGGGACUGUUGCGGUUCUUUGCAAGAACAUAGAAGAAGAGAUGAACAAUCUCCUUCUAGUGGGAGAUUCAUCUCCCCCCGUCCCUCCCACUCUAUCUCUUACUGAAGAUUUCUACCAGUUGCAAAGUCCGGCUCAAACGAUUAUCACUCUUAAGGAGCAAAUCUGCCUUCUACUAGAUUACGAAGAUAUCCCGUCACCAACAGACAUACUAAAGUGUUGUGUGAACUGUUGCGCCCCGAACAACGUGUUCAGUCGGACUCCUGCUCAGAGAGCGAUAUUGCAGCUGUCUAUAGACUUUUGUAUUGUUUAUGUCAGCCGCAAAACGUCCAAAAUAUCAGAAGUCCUCCCAUAUCUCCAUACAAUAUGGGAUACCUGUUGUCCGGACAGACAAAUCCAGGAUCUGGGCCUUGAAGAGGAUAGAAGACCAGAACUAUCUCCAACUUUCAAGGAUUAUGAUGAUAGAGCACCAACUCCCCCGGAGUCUGAUGAAGAGAAAGAAGUUAAGGUAAUAGAAAUACCAAAGCCCGAGCCGAAACCAGAGAAACCAGAGAAAGUAGACCAAAAACCGGAAAAGUCAGAACAAAAUAGUCUUUUAGAAUACUUUGAUAGGAUACUAUGUCCUCGCAAUAUAGUGUUAUUGAGCGAGUCCAGAUGCAGAGCUAGUGAAGUUUGGGAGGCUUUAGCCAAUGUGAUAGUGUUUUUGCUGAAGAAUAGUUACUUGAGUGAGGAUUCUUUGACGGAGCAAUGUCUUGCUGUGUACAGACAGGAUUGGCCUCAGAAUAUUCUAGAAAAUCUAUCAACCUGCAUGAAAUCAGUAUCAUCGAAGUGGUCUAAAUCCUCAACGGGCAAGUUCAAUUUGUUUUUAGAUUUUUUAGCGGACUAUUGCAAUGACAUGGACUAUGAUUUAGUUGAA